UACACCUCAACAUUCCUAAUACAGAAGAGCUUCUCUGUCAAAACACACAUCUCUCUCUCACACACACAGAUCCUUCUACACCUGCAAGUUCUUCUAACGCAGGGCAGGGGAGAAGCCUGUUCCUCGUGAGUACUCCUUCCUUCCUCACUUUCCCCACGCCACAAAUACCCCCCCCCCCCCCCCCCCAAGGCCUAGGUUUCCCUGGUUGAUUAUGUGGUUUCUAGAGAGAGAGAAAUCGAGAGAGAGAGAGAGAGAUGAUUUGGGAGGGAGGAUCGGCCGCAUCAUCUUCAUCAUCAGCAGCAUUGGCGGCGGCGGCGGAAGCGGAAGGAGGAGCAGAAGGAGGAGGGAGGAGGAAGCCGUCGUGGAGGGAGAGAGAGAACAACAGGAGGAGAGAGAGGAGGAGGAGAGCCCUAGCCUCCAAGAUAUACUCCGGAUUGAGAGCUCAGGGCAAUUACAACCUACCCAAGCACUGUGACAACAACGAGGUCUUGAAAGCUCUCUGCUCCGAAGCUGGUUGGACAGUCGAACCGGAUGGCACCACCUAUCGCAAGGGAUGCAAACCGCCUCCAUCUGAAAUUGGAGGCACUUCAACCAAUGUAACUCCAUGCUCUUCCCAAAGACCUUUUCUGCCAUCUUCUUUCUUUCCAAGCUCAAUUACUUCAUACCAACCGAGUCCUUCAUCCUCUUCCUUCCCGAGCACAUUUUCUUCUUACCAACCGAGUCCUUCAUCCUCUUCCUUCCCAAGUACAUUUUCUUCUUACCAACCGAGUCCUUCAUCCUCUUCCUUCCCAAGCCCAAUUCCUUCUUACCAGCCCAGUCCUUCAUCCUCUUCCUUUCCCAGCCCAUCCCGCCUUGAUGGCAACCCAUCAUCUCAUGUGCUUGCAUAUCUGCGCAAUGCCAUUCCUUCAUCUCUCCCUCCUAUCCGAAUCUCAAACAGUGCCCCCGUAACCCCUCCACUCUCAUCCCCAACCUCUAGACCUCCUAAGAAGAAAGCCACUUGGGAGUCCCUUGCUAAAGAAUGUAUGGCCUCCUUGAAUGAUUAUCCUUUCUUUGCUGCUUCUGCCCCAGCAAGCCCAACUCGAUGUCAGCGUUUUGCUCCAGUCACCAUACCUGAAUGCACCGAGUCUGAAACCUCCACUGUUGAUUCAAACCAUUGGAUGAGCUUCCAAACUUUUGCACCAAGUUUGAUCCCCAAAUCCCCAACUUUCAAUCUGGUCAGACCUAUGGCUCCCCACUUGUCUCCCAAUGAUGCAACGACAGAGAAGGGGAAAGGCCCAGAAUUUGAGUUUGAGACCAUCCCGGUGAAGCCAUGGGAAGGGGAGAGGAUUCAUGAGGUGGGAUUGGAUGAUUUGGAACUCACUCUUGGAAGUGGGAAGACUCGAAAUUAAGCUUCUACUAAUGGAUGGCUUGCAUUGUAAUUUGUGCAUGCAACCAUAACAGCAUUGAGCUUCUGUCGCUGGUUUAAAAUGCAGCCAUUCUGUGGAAGUCUCUGAUUAGUUGCUUGUAGAAAUGCAGAUCUUGAACCGAAUUUGAUUCUUGGGAGUAAUUGCAUUUUCAUGUGCUGUUUUUACCUCUUAACCUUUUUUUUUUUUUUUUUGAUCAUUUGGUGAUUACAUGACAUUGUUUAAUUUGUUUGUGUUGUUUUCACAAGUAUCACAUGUAGCUAUUGUGAGUUCCUUUCUUUUCAUUGGGAUCAAGGAGUUUUUUUCUCCUCUGUAGACUCUUGUGGGAAAACCUGAAGAAAAUUGAAUUAUUUAAAGAUAGUUUGUCUUGAUAAUAGAUAAUAGAAGCAACUUGUUGGAUGGCAAA